AUGACAGCAGGUAAUGUAAAGCUACUAGGAGUAUGGGCAAGCCCUUUCGUGAACCGGGUUGAAAUAGCCCUCAAAAUAAAGUCUAUUGAUCCUGUGUUUAUACAAGAAACUUUGUUACCCAAAAGUGAGCUGCUCCUCAAAUCCAACCCCGUUUACAAGAAAAUCCCAGUCUUAUUCCAUAAUGAAAAGCCUAUCUGUGAGUCCCUUGUCAUCCUUCAGUACAUCGAUGAAGCUUGGCCGGAUGGUCCAUCCAUUCUUCCUUCUGAUCCCUAUGAUCGUGCUAUAGCACGGUUUUGGGCAGCCUAUAUUGAUGAAAAGUGGUUUCCAAUGGCGCUGGAGUUUAGGAAAGCGGAAGGAAAGGAAGCGAAGGCAGCAGUGCUGGAGAAAAUACCUGAAGGGAAUUUGAUGCUGGAGGAAGCUUUUAUCAAGAUCAGCAAAGGUAAACCUUUCUUUGGUGGCGAUAGCAUCGGUUACCUUGACAUCGUUCUUGGAAGUUUACUAGGAUGGGUGAAGGCACAAGAGAUAAUCCAUGAAAUGAAGAUACUAGAUGAAACCAAGAUACCUAGCUUAGCAAAAUGGGAUGAGAGAUUUUGCUCAGACAAAGUUGUAAAGGAUUUCAUUCCAGAGCCUGAGAAACUUGCAGAAGUCUAUCGGAAGUAUUAUAAUUUGAAGAAAGCUACUUCAAAUUAA